GCUUUUUGGAAUGUUUUCCUGUGUUUUCGGCGGAGACAUGGCCUGAGAACCAAUUCCAUGGUGGCCGACUCCGAAGGCGGAACGGGUGGACGCAUUAUUUCCCAAGGGUGAGAUGUGCGAAUGAGGAUGUGAGACUUCGAAAGUGAAGGGGGCCUCAAUCAGUCGAUCCUACUGUACAGUGCGUCGGGGCAGGAGUCAUGACACCAUGACUACCGUAAGAUUCUCCUUUGGCUCUGUGUUUAAAAGCCGUCCUGUCCUCACGAGCAUCUGCUUUCUUCUCCAUCAGCAUCAGCAUCCUCACCCAGUCGCUCAUUCAGCAUCUUUUUGCAAAGCAUCAUUGUCGUCCUUCUUUAGUGACCAUCCAACUUCCUUACUUUUUCCCGUCCAUAAUUCUUAUUCAAUAAUACACCAACCGCCAAAAUGAAGUUCCUCAGCUUCUCGCUCGUCGCCCUCUCCUCCCUCUUCGCAGCCUCGUACGCCGCGCCCACCGCGUCACCAGCCGACGUCGUCCCCGCCCCGGACGUCAGCGUGCCGAAGCCGCUCGAUGUCGCCGACACGCUCGAUCGCCGCACCGACAGCGUCGUCUGCUCCAAGAUGAAGACCACCAUCGUGGAGGUCAAGAAGCACACGUCCAAGAUCAACUCGACCAUGGAGGGCGUCACGUACAGCGUAUCCGAGGCGGACAAGACCGGCAUCAUCAAGCUCGUCAAGAGCGAGGUCACCAUCGUUAUCCAGCUCGUGGCCACGCUUGUCGGCGAGGUCGUCGAGCUGCUCGGCUCCACGGUCGAGGCGGUUGAGAAGGAGGAGCUUGUUGCGCUUGUCCUGGAGCUUGUGUUUGAGAUCCUGUACACGCUUAAGCAUGUCAUUGAGACGCUCAAGAUCACCAUUUUCGAGCUCCUCGGCCCUUUGGUCUUCGUCCUCCUGUCCGUCAUCGUGCACCUGCUCACCGUCCUCAACGUCCUGGUCGAGGGCGUCCUCAAGCUCGUCCUCACCCUUCUGGGCGAUGUCAUUGGGCUGCUUUCGGGCGUCUUGGGUGGCCUGCUGCCCAUUGUUCUUGGCCUGGUCGGCGGCAUUCUGAGCAAGAUCGAGAGCCUCGUCUCCUGCCUGCUCUAA